AUUCCUUUUACUAGAGUCCGCUACGCAUUGUCCGCUGAUCAGUGGCGCGGUGCAUUCUGGGACAUCGAUCCGGAGCCGCUGUCUCACGAGUGCUGCAAAAUGAUGCCCACUCCAGUCAUCCUGCUGAAAGAGGGGACAGACACCUCCCAGGGUGUCCCUCAGCUUGUCAGCAACAUCAACGCCUGCCAGGUUAUCGCCGAGGCAGUGCGCACCACCUUGGGCCCCCGUGGUAUGGACAAGCUCAUGGUGGACAACAGAGGAAAGGCGACCAUAUCCAAUGACGGAGCCACUAUCCUGAAGCUCCUUGAUGUGAUCCACCCAGCAGCCAAAACCCUGGUGGACAUAGCCAAGUCUCAGGAUGCCGAGGUGGGCGACGGCACCACCUCAGUCACUCUGCUGGCAGCCGAGUUCCUGAAGCAGCUGAAGCCGUACGUGGAGGAGAACGUGCAUCCCCAGACCAUCAUCCGCGCCUUCCGCACGGCCACCCACCUGGCAGUGAAGAGGAUCAAAGAAAUAGCAAUUACAGUGAAAAAGGACGACAGGGAGGAGCAGAGGAGCCUCCUGGAGAAGUGUGCCGCCACAGCUCUGAACUCCAAGCUCAUCGCCGGCCAGAAGGACUUCUUCUCCAGGAUGGUGGUGGAUGCUGUCAUGAUGCUGGACGAGCUGCUGCCCCUCAAGAUGAUCGGGGUGAAGAAGGUGCAAGGGGGCGCUCUAGAGGACUCGCAGCUGGUCGCGGGCGUCGCCUUCAAGAAGACAUUCUCCUACGCCGGCUUCGAGAUGCAGCCCAAGAGGUACGAGAACCCGAAGAUCGCCCUGCUGAAUGUGGAGCUGGAGCUGAAGGCGGAGAAGGACAACGCCGAAGUGAGGGUCAAGUGUGUGGAGGACUACCAAGCCAUUGUGGAUGCAGAGUGGAACAUCCUGUACGACAAACUGGAGAAGAUCUACAAAUCUGGGGCCAAGGUGGUGCUGUCCAAGCUGCCCAUCGGCGAUGUGGCCACACAGUACUUUGCCGACAGGGACCUCUUCUGUGCUGGAAGAGUACCGGAGGAGGACCUCAAGAGAACCAUGAUGGCCUGCGGAGGCUCCAUCCAGACCAGCGUCGGCUCCAUGAGUAAUGACGUACUGGGGCAGUGUGGUCUCUUUGAGGAAGUACAGAUUGGAGGGGAGAGGUACAACUUCUUCAAGGGCUGCCCUAAGGCCAAGACGUGCACCAUCAUCCUGCGAGGCGGUGCCGAGCAGUUCAUGGAGGAGACGGACCGCUCCCUGCAUGACGCCAUCAUGAUUGUGCGCCGGGCCAUCAAGAAUGACUCCAUAGUGGCGGGAGGCGGGGCCAUCGAGAUGGAGCUGUCUCGUUACCUGAGGGACUAUUCCCGCACCAUCCCGGGCAAGCAGCAGCUGCUGAUCAGCUCCUACGCCAAGGCACUGGAGGUCAUCCCCCGGCAGCUGUGUGACAACGCUGGCUUUGACGCAACCAACAUCCUUAACAAGCUGAGAGCCAAGCAUGCCCAGGGCGGCAUGUGGUACGGCGUGGAUGUGAACAACGAGGACAUCGCCGACAACUUCCAUGCAUGCGUGUGGGAGCCAGCGGCAGUGCGCAUCAACGCCCUGACCGCCGCCUCAGAGGCCACCUGUCUCAUCCUGUCCGUAGAUCAGACCAUCAAGAACCCCCGCUCCACCGUGGACGGUCCUCCCGCGGGCCGGGGCCGCGGCCGCGGCAGACCACACGCCCACUGACCACAGCGACAUUCCAGGAACCAACAGACGCACACCCAGUGCUGAGUAGAGACCUAACUAGCUAACAAUAAACUAGCUGUUUAUUCUUUCCUGGUUACAGUGCUGGGUGUUAAACAGCUCUGCUGUGUGGGUUGAGGCGUUAUGAUAAUUAGGCCUGAAGUGAGCUAUGAGUCAUACUGCCCUCUUUACUGAAAUAGCACUGAUUUCCAGUAGGCAGGACAGCUUGCCAAACUGUGCCCGUUACCAUACAAGUCACUCUGUGGAACUAUUUAUUGGGCUAUUAAACAUAUUUGUUAAACAUG